AUGAAUAACACAACCAACGGAAGCCAGGAUCGCAUCAAAGUCCUGGUUAUCGGUGCUGGCCUGGGCGGAUGUGCAGCAGCCCUGGCCCUGAACCACCAUGGCCACGAUGUCACCGUAUACGAGAAACUCACCAACUUCCGCCGACUAGGAGACUCGCUGGGCCUGGGAGAAAACGCGCUCAAGCUUCUCCAGCGCUGGGGCGGCGACAGCCUGUACACCUCGGUCACCUCCAUCGGCAACCAGUCCGAGGACAUGCAGAUCCGGCGGUGGCGCGACGGCAAGAUCCUAGCACAGCAGCCUCUGAUGGACAUGGCCGGCCACAUCGGCCACCGCGGUGACUACCACGAGGCCUUUCUACACGGGGUGAGAGAGGCGGGGAUUCCCAUCCAUAUGGGCUGCGAGGUGGUCAGUUUCCAGGAGGGUGAUUCGGGCCGAGGAAGGCCGAGCGUUACUUUCAAGGACGGGCGGGUCGAGGAGGCAGAUGUGGUAGUCGGGGCGGAGGGCAUCAAGAGUCGGGCACGGGAACUUGUUCUUGGAUUUGCAGAUGCACCCAAAAGCAGCGGCUAUUCUUGUUGGAGGGCGUAUUUCCCUGGUGAGCACCUGCAAGAUGAUCCUUUGUGCAAGGAUUUUGUGGAUCACGACUGUGUCAAUAUUUGGAUCGGCGAGGAUACUCACCUCGUCCAAAACACCCUCCGCAACGGCAAAGAGUUCAACUGGAUCAUUACCCGCAAGCUCUCCCACGAGGAGGACAUGGAGAUCAAAGAGUCCUGGUUCCAGGAAGGCGACCUGGCCGAUGUCCGCGCCCACAUCCGCACCCUCGACCACCGCAUCGCCGCCGCCAUCGAAAAGACGCCGGCCCUGCUAGACUGGAAGAUCUGCUACCGCGACCCUCUACCCACAUGGGUCUCGCGCAGUCACAAGAUCGUGCUUCUGGGAGACUCCUGUCAUCCUCAUCUACCGACCAGCGCGCAGGGGGCAAGCCAGGCUACUGAGAGCGCCGGCGUGUUGGCUAUGUGUUUGAAGCUGGCUGGGCCUGAUCGAAUCCCGCUUGCGACGCGGGUCUAUGAGAAGAUCAGGUUUGGGCGGACGCGCCAGAGCCAAACGGCUGGGGUGGACCUGAGAGAUAGAUGGCAUAAUGCUCUGAAGAAUCUGGAGGAUGGGGUGGAGAUUGAUCCCGAGUCUGUCAAGAUGCGCAACCGGUGGUUGUACGCGUAUGAUGCUGAGGCCGAUACCACAGCAAGAUGGGAUGAGGUGUCGGAGCAAGUGGCGAGAGAGUUGGCGGAGGACCAGAUCACGCCGUUGUGUGAUACUGUGCCGACCAAGUCAGCUUUGGAAGUACUAGACCAAGCUUAG